GGUGUUCCAGUGCCCGAACCUUGAGCGCUUAAAGUUCGUGCGCGAUCUGAAGGCAUAUCAGAUACCGAUUAUGGAGCCGGCGUGGGCGAGGGAGACGCCGGUGCCCGAGUCGCUGCGCGAGCUGGACAUCAUGGAUUUGCAGGUGCCGGCGUGGAUUAUGCUGGCGAAUACAGCGCCGGUGCCAAAGGAGCUAUGGGACACGAUAGACCUUAUCUCCCGCACGCUCGAGGAGCUGGAAUUCCAUGUUUCGAGCGCUGUGAUCUUAGAUGCUAUUUGCUCGGGUAUCCUGCAUCGUACUUCUCUCCGUCAAGUGCGCAUAGCUGGCCUCUUCUACCUUUUCAGAGAGAAAAGACGGUUCUUUGCCCAAGUCCGCGCAUGCAUGAGCGUCCUGGCCAACAUCCCGGCAGACCGACUGGUGAAGAUAACCCUCGACGUCUACUUCGCCGACUACAUGGCUGAGGGUUGGCAAUUGAUGGAAGAUGACCGCAGCUUUUGGUCAGAGCUUGACAUGUUCCUCGCUGGGGCAACAUUUCCAGCACUUGAGCAGGUCAGGUUCGUUGUGGUAAGGGACGCGCGCAACAUUACCAAGAGCGUGCUUUACGAGUUGUUGCCCCUGUGCGUCGAAUUGAAUCGGAUACAUGUAGACAACCUACCUUGGAAGGAAGAGUAGACUUCGAGCAUAUAUAUGGAAAUGUGCAGAAUGCACCCC